AUAUAUACCUUCUUUACACUUCAACUGCCCGUCCUGCAGUCUGUCUCUAUUCAGCUGACAAGCACAGCUUUUCUCAGUAGCAAGGUGUGGGGAUAUAGCCACCAAAAUGGCCACUGAGAAAAGAUUGUCCUCUAGCCGCAAGCACAACCUGAAAAGUUGCAUGCUCGGUGUCGCAAAGGACUUACUGGAAGCUGAAGCAAAUGUAAAGGCUGACGAGAGGGAAAAGUACUUGUCAGAGAAGUGCCCUCCUCUGGAUUUGCCUUAUUCUAAGGAUGAGCUGAUGGAACUUUGCACAAAACUGCAUCAGCAAAUUCACAUCAGUGAGGAAGAGAAGUACUGCAUCGAAUUUAAACUGAAACUGGUCCUAGAUGAGGUCUUGGACCUCAACAUCAAGAUCGUCGACCUGAGAGGCAAAUUCAAGAAGCCCAAGCUGAAGAAAGUGCGUAUGUCCGCUGAUGCCAUGCUCAAAGCUCUGCUGGGCUCCAAGCAUACAGUGAACAUGGACUUGAGGUCCAACCUCAAACAAGUGAAGAAGGAGGUCAAAGAGGAGGACAAGCAACUGCGUGAUGUUGGAGACUGGCGUAAGAACAUUGAGGACAAGUCUGAUAGGAAGAAGAUGUUUGACAGUUAAAGUUAACUGACGAUUGAUAUUUGGGCUCUGUGUGUUUGGAUGGGACAGGAAUCUAGCCUGAUGUGUUUGCAAGUGCAGGAUUCUAUUAUGAAAUGCUACAAACCCGUUUUGGAAAAUAAAAAAGAUGAAAAAAAAACAUGUUACUUGGAAGUUCAUUAUUUAAAGUCUUUACCGUGUUAUUGUUUUGUUAACCAUGAGGACAUCAGUCACCAACUAUUGUUUAAGAUGUACCAUCGUGUUUUGCAUUUACAUUUUGAUGUAACAAAAAACAGUGAGGAGUACCAUAUUUAAAAGUUACGGCAUAUGUACCAAGAUAUUUGUCUGUAUGAUCAUCUCAUGUUUAGUUCUGUUAAGAUGAGACGUCCCUUCUUUUCAAACGGUAGAGAUCACAUUAAAACAAAAAAAAAUUUGA